AGGACGACGAGCCCGUCCUCGGCAGCCACCGGGCCGAGCUGCUCGGCCCUCCGCCGCAGAUGUACGCCGUGCGGGUGCCCGCUCGGCGCGCCCUCAGCUGCAGCACCGACUGCCUGCUGAAGCUCUGGGACCUGGAGCGGGGCAGGUGCGUGCGGACGAUGCAAGGCCACGGAGACGGGGUCACCAGCCUGGCGGUCGACUGGGGCACGCGGUGGGCGCUCAGCGGAUCCCACGACUGCACACUCAGGCUCUGGGACCUGGACCACCAGAUCUGCGUGCGGACCAUAGAGAGCCCAGAGCACCCAGCCUUCUGCCUCGCGUUCGACCACGGCGCUGGCCGCGCACUCACCGGCUCCUGGGACGCCAGUGUGAAGUUGUGGGACCUGGAGCGGGCGGCCUGCCUGCGCACGCUCAAAGGCCACGCUGGCAUGGUGACCUGCGUCGCCAUGCAGUGGUCCCAGAGGCGCGCGCUCAGCGGCUGCUCCGACGG